GCCCUCUCCCACGGACCCACCGUACACCCGGUCUGGCCCCUCUGCAUCCGUCUCUCCCCCUGUCGGUACCCAGCGCGCCUCGAUAUACUCGCCACCCCAACACCCGCGCAGAGAACAAGCAACAUGCUCAACUCGCUGGGCACCAAGCUCGCCCUUCGCAAGGCCGGAUUAGGCAAUGUCUCGCUUCCCAAGACGGACAGCUUCUUUGGCAGCAAUAAUCCCAGCUCAAAGAAGGGAAAUGCCGCUGCCGAUGACGCCGCCGCCGGCUUUGCAAACCCCUUUGCAAACGUACAAUGGGGCGUCCCCAAAGCGCUGCAAUCAUGGCAGACGCCGCCUCCGCCACAGAACCCCGUCCGCAAGCCCCCGCAAAUAGGAGAUCGCGCGCAGUCACAUGCCAAGUUGCCCUUUCCCGAUGCCAGUGGUCGGCCGACGAUACUCUUGUUUCUGAGAUUCUGUGGUUGUCCUUUUGCUGAAAAACUGCUCCUCCGCCUCCGCACCCUCGCAAACCGCUACCCCUCGAUCCGCUUCAUCGCCAUCUCGCAUUGUACGCCCGACGCCACGCGCAAAUGGGUCAACCAGCUCGGCGGCGCCUGGAACGUCGAUAUGGUUGUUGACUCGGACCGCAAUCUGUAUGCCCUAUGGGGUCUCGGCAUAUCGACCUGGGCCCACGUGUUGCAUCCCCGCAAUGGCUACAAUCAGGUCAUGUUGCGCAGGAACGAGGGUGUCUGGGGCCACGAGGUCGGCGAGGGCGCAUGUCGCUGGCAGUUGGGCGGCGCCUACGCGAUUGAUGGGCGGGGUGUGGUGACGUGGGGUGGGCCCAUGGAGUCUGUGGAUGAGGAGAUUAGGUUUGAGGAUGGGGUUAAGACGCUGGGAUUCGGCGAUACAAGGAUAUGAGGUUUGGGUUUGGGUCUUGUACGAUAUUUGUUUGCGCAUUUGAGCAUAGCAUGUCAUGCGGUGGUAUCUUUAGUCACUGUUGUUACUAUAUUAGAGAAAAAUAGACUAUACAUGUGAUACUUGGGCAGAUGGACAUGGGAGGUACAAAGACUGGCUAGCGACCUUAUACUGGCACACUAACUAUCUUAUCAGGUCAUGUGUAGGUGUAGGUGUAGGG